UCUAUUAGGACCAUCAACAACAUGAAAUCAGGAAACCUCUCCAAUAUUGCAGAAUUCCUCCUUCUGGGACUGUCAGAUGAUCCAGAACUGCAGCCCCUCCUGUUCUGCCUGUUCCUGUCCAUGUACCUGGUCACCGUGCUUGGUAACCUGCUCAUCAUUCUGGCCAUUAUUUAUGACUCCCAUCUCCACACUCCCAUGUAUUUCUUCCUCUCUCACCUGUCUUUUGUUGACAUCUGUUUCACCACCACCACGAUCCCAAAGAUACUAGUGAACAUCCAGACACAGAGAAGACACAUCAGUUACGCAGGCUGCCUCGCCCAAAUCUGCUUUGUCCUGACUUUUGCUGGAUUGGAAAAUGGAAUUCUGGUAAUGAUGGCUUAUGAUCGAUUUGUAGCCAUCUGUCACCCACUGAGGUACAAUGUCAUCAUGACUCCCAAACUCUGUGGGCUGCUGGUUCUGCUGUCUUUCCUUAUUAGUGUUCUAAAUGCUCUCCUCCACACUUUGAUGGUACUGCGGCUGUCCUUCUGCACAGACCUGAAAAUGCCCCAUUUUUUCUGUGAAUUAGCUCAUAUUCUAAAGCUUGCCUGUUCUGAUAUCUUCAUCAAUAACAUCUUUGUAUAUUUAGUGACCAGCCUGUUGGAUGUUGUUCCUCUCUCUGGGAUAAUUUUUUCUUAUACCCAAAUUGUCUCUUCCAUCUUGAAAAUUCCAUCAGCUGGUGGAAAAUAUAAGACUUUUUCCAUCUGUGGAUCACACUUAAUAGUUGUUUUCUUGUUCUAUGGGACAGGUUUUGGGGUAUACCUUAGUUCUGCAGUUACUCACUCUUCUAGGAAAAGUGCAAUCGUAUCAGUGAUAUAUACGGUGGUCACUCCUAUGAUGAAUCCCUUUAUCUACAGUCUGAGGAACAAGGACAUGAUGGGAGCUUUGAGUAAGAUCAUCUCUAGAAUAUCAUCUUUCCACUGA